GAACAGCUGAUAACACAGCGCAGUAUAAAACGCCCCCGGCAGCAAUCUCCACACAACAAUCCCUGCAAUAUCUGAGAACCGUUCGUUUGUUUCCAAAGUGCAAGAUGUUUCUUUCUUUGGCUUCUGCUUUUGCCUUAUGUUCAUUCAUAGUUGCGUCAAACGGUGAACCCCUUUUGAGUUUUGCCAACUUCACUUCGGGAGACCAAUACUGUCCUGAAGGUUACUCGCUGGUGGGAAGCCAGUGCCUCAUAUUCGUCACCUUCGCAGAGGAAAAUCACAGGGAAGCGAAACAGACGUGUCACUCUCUCUCGGGGGAACUGUUGGCCAUUACUACGCCUACGCAGUUUGUGCACGUUGUAAACCAUAUCUAUGAUUACGGUUACAGUGGACGACAAUUCUGGUUGGAUGGCUCGGACGCUGAGAUGGAAGGCAACUGGGUGACUUCCUCUGGCCAAGCGGUCCCUCGAGGAACUCCCUUCUGGGCGGCCUUCCAAGAUUUCCAACAGCCUGAUAACGCCCACGGAAGAGAGCAUUGUCUAGAGAUGGAGUCUUCCGAGUUCUUCUAUCUGAACGAUGCAGUUUGCGAAGACAAAAGCAACUUCAUAUGCCAGUACAGUCCUCAAAGGCAAGAUGAGCGAGACUUAACCACUACCACUCAAGUUCCAAAGGCAGUUCACAUGGAGGUCUAUAGUAGCCAGUGCCCAUUACUCUACGUGGAGGUCGGAGGCCUUUGCCUGAUGUUCGUCACGUGGGCGGAGGAGACCUGGCACGAGGCUCAGCAGACAUGUGGAGACUCGAGCGACCUCCUGGCCAUCACUGAUGCUGAAGUUUUAAGAGCUGUGUACCUCUACUUGCACAAAGAAAAUAUAGCAGAUCACAGUUUCUGGUUGGGUGGUUCUGAUUCAAGUGAAGGAAAUUGGGUCUACACCACAGGAGAGUCUAUCCCAAUGGGCACACCUUUCUGGGGUCUAUAUCGUGGAGACAGCAACGUUCAGGAACCCCAAGGUGGCACUCGUGAGAACUGCCUCAUGCUACAUUCUGGAGGCUCUCAUUAUUUCCGGGACGUCGCUUGCUCCUCGAGACUGAACCCACUUUGUGUUUAUAAUGGAUAAGCACAGCCUUAGAUGUUAUACUUGGAGUGUGUAGUGUGUGUAGAGACAAAAAAUAAAAGGAUGAAAAUGAU